AUGGGAUCCAACGGUAGAAGUACCAAGCUUCCCCUCGUACCUCUGCCUAAAGGCUCGGUUCUGCUACCCGGCGUGACUCUACGUAUUCCAGUCUCCAACCGUCCCGACCUCGCCAAUCUCCUUUCGUCACUUGUGGACAAGCCUUCAAAGCGAGAUGCGAGUACCAUCACCUUCGGCUGUGUUCCACUUAACUCACCGUUCCUGAGCCGGGAUGGACAGCAGCUCCUCGAAGGCGAUGACUCGGACUCAGAGCGAAAGGAGGAAUAUGACUCGAUUGACGCCGGUCAGGCACGGAAGGAGGACCUGUUCCGUUACGGAACCGUUGGCAAAGUCAUCGGAGUUCAGCGCCGGGCUUAUUCCGAACCAUUCUUGCUUGUUCAAGGCUCGCAAAGAUUUUCUAUUAAGAAGAUCCUGCGAGACCGGCCAUACUUUGAGGCCGAGGUUUUCAUUCAUGAUGAAUCUAACUCUGGCCAAGGCGACGCAGAAGUCGCUACGCUAUUCCAACAAUUGAGACAGCUCUCUCGAGAGCUUCUUACUCUUCUCCGCCUUUCCUCAUUGCUGUCGGCAGCCUCCUCUCGUCUCUCGCCACUCGUUGCCCGAAAGUUCGAGCUCUAUAUAUCAAAGACAGAAUUGACACAGGCUGGAAAGUUGGCCGAUUUUAUGGCCGAUGUAUCUGAUGCAAGCUUUGAGGAAAAGCUACGCAUUCUCGGCUCGCUGGAUGUUAAGGAACGGUUAGAAAGGGUUGUCGAGAUCCUCACCAGACAGGCACAGCAUAUUAAGAGUAGCGUCAGGGUCACCUCGGUUGGCUCGACAUCGUUCCCCUCCUCCGGGAUGGAUAUCAGUCAGAUUGACCCCCGUGAACGUGAGCUCCUCGCAAAACGUGCAAUUUCGGGUCUCUCCGGCAUGACGCCCCCUGGCGGGCGUAGCAAUGACGAAGAGAAGGAGCCUAAUGAAGUAGAUGAGCUACAGCAAAAGUUGAAUGAUGCGCAGCUUAGCCCCGAAGCUCGGAAGGUUGCGGACAAGGAACUGAAACGCCUGCGAAAGAUGAACCCUGCUAACGCCGAGUACGGUGUUUGCCGGACUUAUUUGGAAAACUUGUCAGAAAUUCCAUGGACCAAGGCGACAGAGGAUCAGCUUGGACCAGAAACAUUGAAGAACGCCAGGAAGCAGCUGGAUGAGGACCACUACGGCCUAGAGCGAAUCAAGAAGCGACUUCUGGAGUAUUUGGCUGUGUUGCGCUUGAAGCAGUCCACCAACUCAGAUGUUGAACGCCAGAUCUCAGGACUCUCCAGGGACUUGGACUCCUCGGCAGUUGGAGAUGUCGAGAAGGAUGUCCCCCUGCUGUCAGAGUCUGACCGGGUUGCGUUGGAGACUCGCCUUGAGAUUCUCAAGUCCAAGCGUAUGACUGACAAGUCCCCUAUCUUGCUUCUGGUGGGACCCCCUGGAACCGGUAAGACCAGUCUGGCCAGGUCUGUUGCUGCCUCGCUUGGUCGAAAAUUCCACCGGAUCUCCCUUGGUGGUGUCAGAGACGAGGCGGAAAUCCGGGGCCACCGACGAACAUACGUUGCAGCCAUGCCUGGUUUGAUUGUGAAUGGGUUGAAGAAGGUCGGUGUUGCAAACCCCGUCAUUCUCCUUGAUGAGAUUGACAAGGUCGGCGGCGCCAACUUCCAAGGCGACCCGUCCGCCGCCAUGCUGGAGGUUCUCGAUCCUGAGCAGAACCACACGUUCACCGACCACUAUAUCAACAUCCCUAUCGACCUGAGCAAGGUUCUCUUCCUUGCUACUGCCAACUCCCUGGACACGAUCCCGGCACCUCUGCUCGACCGCAUGGAGACUAUCUCCCUGUCUGGAUACACCACUGUUGAGAAGAGGCACAUUGCCAAGCAACACCUGAUCCCGAAGCAGAUUCGAUCCAACGGUCUCAACGAGGGCCAGGUAAAUAUGUCCGACGAGGUGAUUGAUAAGACCAUCACCUCGUACACCCGUGAGUCAGGUGUGCGCAACCUAGAGCGAGAACUUGGCUCUAUCUGUCGCCACAAGGCCGUUCAAUAUGCCGACGCCGGGGACGCGGACCGCCUAGACGAUUAUAACCCUGUUGUAUCAGUCGACGACCUGGAGGAUAUCCUGGGAAUCGAGCGGUUCGAGGAAGAGAUCGCCGAGAAACACGGUCGUCCCGGUGUGGUCACGGGCCUUGUCGCCUACUCUACCGGUGGCCAGGGCAGCAUCCUGUUCAUCGAGGUGGCAGACAUGCCCGGCAACGGACGCGUCCAGCUGACCGGUAAGCUGGGCGACGUGCUCAAGGAAUCUGUCGAAGUAGCCUUGACAUGGGUGAAGGCACACUCCUUCGAGCUCGGUCUCACCCACGACCCCAGUGAAGAUAUCAUGAAGAGCCGUAGCCUGCACGUCCACUGCCCCUCCGGCGCUAUCCCCAAGGAUGGUCCCUCUGCUGGUCUUGCCCACACUGUUGCCUUGAUCUCCUUGUUCAGCAACAAGCCUGUCCCACCGCAGAUCGCCAUGACCGGCGAGGUCUCCCUCCGCGGUCGGGUCAUGCCCGUCGGUGGUAUCAAAGAGAAGCUGAUUGGUGCUCUGCGUGCGGGCGUCAAGACCGUGCUGCUCCCGGAUCACAACCGCAAAGACGUCAAAGAUGUUCCACAGGAAGUCAAGGAUGGUCUGGAAAUCAUCUAUGUCAAGCACAUUUGGGAAGGGCUUCGCCAGGUCUGGCCCGAUGCCCAGUGGCCGGGCCAACACCAGAUGAACUUUGUUGAGAGCCGACUGUAA